CUCAAAGCACCGAGCUGGGAGGUGCGAGCUCCGCCCCUAUUUUCCCUACAAGGGCACACUGUUGUGGGGGCGGGGCGAAGGGGAGGUGCUCCCAGCCCCUCUCAAAAGCCGCGAGUCCACUGGGAACUCGAAUCUUUUCAGCUCCGCGGAGAAGCCUGCACCACCGUCUGGGUGGAGGACCUCCAGGGACAGCCAGGAUUCUACCCCUCUUUCUCUGGAGAGCUUUCCCAUUCGUCAAGCCCCAAUCACCAGGUAGGACUGCGCUUGGGCCCGGCUUGUGGAGACUGUGAGAGCUCCAAAUAGAGUGGAAGGCAUUUAAAUAACCUGUGCACAUCUAACCACCCCUAGAUUUCAUUUUACAGAGGUGGGAGUGACAGCACUUUUAAUUUUGUCGAUUAUUUAUUGUGGCCAGUCAUUCUAAAGGGAAUAUUUGAGUAAUUGAGGUGUGUGUGUGUGUGGGGGGGGGGACUCUUGGCGUAGGAGGGGUUGGAUAGAGAAUGGGAGGUGACAGACUCUGAUUAUCUUUGGACAGGUGGCUAUGGCUUCAUUGCCGACUCAGGGUCCAGCGGCCCCAGACUUAUUUUCUGGGCUGCUGCCUGCGGCUUCAAGUCCGGUCAACCAGAGCUCAGAGGCGGUGGUGGGCAAUGGGUCGGCGGCUGGUCCAGGAGCUCAGGCCAUCACGCCGUUCCAGAGCCUGCAGCUGGUGCAUCAGCUGAAGGGGCUGAUUGUGCUGCUCUACAGCGUCGUGGUGGUCGUGGGGCUUGUGGGCAACUGCCUGCUGGUGCUGGUGAUUGCACGGGUGCGUCGGCUGCACAACGUGACCAACUUUCUCAUCGGUAACCUAGCCCUGUCCGACGUGCUCAUGUGCGCCGCCUGCGUCCCUCUCACGCUGGCCUACGCGUUCGAGCCACGCGGCUGGGUGUUCGGCGGCGGCCUGUGUCACCUGGUCUUCUUCUUGCAGCCGGUCACCGUCUACGUGUCGGUAUUCACGCUCACCACCAUCGCGGUGGACCGCUACGUCGUGCUGGUGCACCCGCUGCGCCGGCGCAUCUCGUUGCGCCUCAGCGCCUACGCGGUGCUGGCCAUCUGGGCGCUGUCCGCGGUGCUAGCGCUGCCGGCCGCCUUGCACACCUACCAUGUGGAGCUCAAGCCGCACCGCGUGCACCUCUGCGAGGAGUUCUGGGGGUCCCAGGAGCGCCAGCGCCAGCUCUACGCCUGGGGGCUGCUGCUCGUCACCUACCUGCUCCCCCUGCUGGUCAUCCUCCUGUCUUACGUCCGGGUGUCGGUGAAUCUCCGGAACCGAGUGGUUCCGGGCUGCGUGACCCAGAGCCAGGCCGACUGGGACCGCGCGAGACGCCGCCGCACCUUCUGCCUGCUGGUGGUGGUUGUGGUGGUGUUCGCCGUCUGUUGGCUGCCGCUGCACGUCUUCAACCUGCUGCGGGACCUCGACCCGCACGCCAUAGACCCCUACGCCUUCGGCUUAGUGCAGCUGCUCUGCCACUGGCUCGCCAUGAGCUCCGCCUGCUACAACCCCUUCAUCUACGCCUGGUUGCACGACAGCUUCCGCGAGGAGCUCCGCAAACUGUUGCUGGCCUGGCCCCGCAAGAUUGUUCCGCACGGCCAGAGCAUGACAGUCAGCGUGGUGAUCUGAUGACACUGUGCCAGGCCUUGGGGAACUCCAGUCCACUGGUCUCUGGAGGGUGCCCACCCGGAGGCCGGACUGGAGAGAUUAUUCCAGAGCUAGGCUAAUACUAAACUAAUAUGGCUCCAAACUGCUAGCCCACCCCUCUUGUCCCUCUGUCUUACCUAGUCUUCAUGUCACUGUAAAAUUUUAUGUAGGCUUUGAUGAGAGACUCAUGCAUGCUUGGAGGAGGCCAGGGAGAACAAAAGAGAUUUUACUGUUUUCUCCUUUUACCACUGAAGGCCAAACAAAGCUCUUUCCCCUGGUUCAGGUAAUAUUUCAGAAACCUGACUGUUUUCCUUGCUUUCCCUUCUGCUUGUUCCAUGGGGAGUGAAGGAGCAAUAAGCAUGGGGUUUAAAAUGGCUGGUUGGGGUUGGUAAAGCUUUUCAGGUUGCCUUUUAAAAAGGACUCACUUGAGAUAUAACACAGGACAGUGCUUACUCCAAGGAUUCCAGGGAAACAUGUAUUACAAAUCUGUAUCUAGAAUUUCAGCAUUUCCUCAACAAGAGUUUUAUAUGCCAAAGGGAUUUUCACUUUAAAUCCACUUGCAUUUAUAGCACAAAAUACUUACAAAUCACCUUUAAGAGGUUUUGCUAUUGUUUUCUCUCUUCCUUAUCCCCCAAUUACUGUUUGAAAAUGAUGAGAAAAAUUAGUUGAUGAAGAGAUAGAUAACAUAGGAGUAAAGUGGAAAAGGUUCACACAAGGGGAAAUAUAACUGCGCAGGACAGACUAU